GACGUGUCCCCUGGAUUUAUCCGUCCAGAGACAUCCAUGACCUUGGCAGGGGCCGUUCCUCCAUUGCUCUGCUGGAUGGUGAGGAGGCUGCAGCAGGGAAAGCAGGAACUCAGCAGAUGAGUUGAGGAAAGGCUGGGAGCUAGUAAAAUGGGUCAGCCAGUGUAGACCUCUCUUUCAAGAUGAAGGAAGCAGCCUGCACGCUGCGUUGACCUGGCGCCUAGGCUUCCGCGCUGGGAUACCGGGCUGGGGUUCCCUGGCGGGAUGGUGCCACGGUGCCAGGUGGAAGUGUUGUAUUUUGCAAAAAGUGCUGAAAUAACAGGAAUUCGCUCAGAGACAAUUUCUGUGCCACAAGAAAUAAAAGCAUUGCAGCUGUGGAAUGAGAUAGAAACGCGCCAUCCUGGACUGGCUGACGUCAGAAAUCAGGUGAUAUUUGCUGUUCGUCAAGAAUAUGUCAAGUUUGGAGAUCAGCUCCUCCUGCUUCAAUCAGGAGAUGAAAUUGUCAUUAUCCCCCCAUUAGUGGAGGAUAGUGCUUUUGAGCCACCUGGGAAAAGUACAGAUGAAGUUGAAGAGAAAUCUAAAGAUAUAAUAAAAUUCACAUCUGAGAAACUUUCAGUAGAUGAAGUCUCACAGCUGGUGAUUUCUCCACUCUGUGGUGCAAUAUCCCUAUUUGUAGGAACUACAAGGAAUAACUUCGAAGGGAAGAAAGUCAUUAGCUUAGAGUAUGAAGCAUAUCUACCAAUGGCAGAAAAUGAAGUCAGAAAAAUUUGUAGUGUCAUUAGGCAGAACUGGCCAAACACAUAGCAGUGUUCCAUCGACUUGGCUUAGUUCCAGCGUCAGAAGCAAGCAUUAUCAUUGCUGUGUCCUCAGCCCAUAGGGCUGCAUCCCUCGAAG